CUGAAAUAAAAAUGAAGGUCAUCCCAGAACCAACAAAUAGAUUUGACAAACAUGCAUGUAUUGUUGCCAUGCCUCCAUUGGAAGAAAUCCCCGGGAACCUUCAUGCGAAGAUAACACGACCAAAAACAAACCAAUUAGUUCGUGAUAUUGCAGGAAAGACUGUGGGAAGAGUCCCUGCCAAUCUUUGCCGACUUUUUGCAGAAAUCCUUGAUAUUGGAAUGACAGAGAGUAUAACAUGCACAUAUGAGACUGAGAUUCAGGUUAAUGGCAACACAUCAUUCUCGAGGGGUGCAGCAGCUGGAGGUCGUGAUAUAGAAGGAGGGGGACCAGAGCUGAAAUGUUCAUAUGAGUUUCUACUCAAGACGCCAGUCAAUUUAAGGAGAUUCGAUGAACUAGUGAAAAAGAAUCUAGGACCAAAUCCUACAUUUGAAUUUCAACUUUAA